AUGGGAAAUAGGUAUAAGCUGUACAGGAUAGCGAAACAGAAGACCAAGGAAACUCAGGACGUGUGCCAAGCAAAAAGGGGAUUGUGGAAACUACCGGGGCAUCAAACUUACCUCACACGUGCUAAAGAUGUGGGGGAAAAUAUAGACAAGAGGCUAAGGAACAGGAUGGAGGAAUCGGAGCAGCAAUUCGGCUUCAUAGCCAGCAGAAGCACAACGGAUUCAAUAUUUGUACUCCGUCAAGUAAUGGAGGAGUACAGAGAGGAGCAAGAAGAGUUGCACUGCAUCCUUAUUAACCUAGAGAAAGCGUAUGAUCGGGUCCCAAGACAGGAGGUGUGGUAUUAUCUGCGGCUAAAGGAUGUGGAAGAGAAAUACAUCAGGCUGGUGCAGGAGAUGUGUGACGGUAGCAAGACACUACUGAAAUUUGCAGCGGGUGACACAGAGGAAUUCGAGGUCACGGUGGGACUGCAUCAAGGCUCAGCGCUUAGCCCUUUCUUGUUUGCAGUCAUUAUCGAUUGUGCGGCGGAGAAGGUGCAGAGGGAAGCCCCAUGGGAUAUGUUAUUUGCAGACGACGUUGUGGUGAGUGCAGAGACAAAGGAGGAGGUAGAACAGAGGCUAGAGUUGUGA